AUGGCAAAGGGUUGCACAAGCAACUCUUACGAAGAUGCAAGAAAACAAAGACUUGAAGAAAACAAGAAGAGGUUUGAGGAUUUGGGAAUUUCAAGGAUUUCAAAAAAUUUGACUGAGAUCACAAGAUCUGCAAAGAAGAAGCUGCAUGAUACUCCUAAACUGAAACCAAAGAAGAGAGAUGAUGAAGUGGAACGUAGGCGAUCUUCUCGUGUGCGGAACCCAGUUCCUUCUUACCGGGAAGAUGUGAGCAUACAUCUUCCAUCUCUGCGGAAGCGGUCAAGAUCAAAUUCUUCAACUUGGGGAAGUUACGUUGCAAGGCCUUUAGAUGAAAUCAAAGAAGCUGCAGAAGAAGAAAGACUUUGUGCUCUGGAGGCUGCAGAAGCACUCCAAAUCAAUUUGAAGUCUUCAAAUCCCUCAUUUAUCAAGUCAAUGGUUCGGUCUCAUGUUUAUAGUUGCUUUUGGUUGGGUCUUCCUUCUAAAUUUUGUGAGGAACAUCUUCCAAAAACUGUAUAUGACAUGGUUUUAGAAGAUGAAAAUGGCUCAGAAUACAAGGCUGUUUACAUUGGCAACAGAAGUGGACUUAGCGGUGGAUGGAGAGCAUUUGCAUUGGAUCAUAAACUGGAUGAUGGAGAUGCCCUUGUUUUUGAAUUGAUCGAAGCUUCAAGAUUUAAGAUUUAUAUUGUUAGAGCAUUCCCAAAUAUAGUUGAAGAAAAGGGAAAGGAUAUUUCAGAGGAAGAAGGAAAUAUGCAUGCAACCAAAGUACCGAAAACUAGAUGUAAUCUUGAAUCAGAAUCCAAGACAAAAAAGCCAAGCCAUGCCAAUACAGAAUCAGAGAGUUCUCAGGAGCAUCUGCUGGAUAGUAGAGUUGACAAAGAAGUCAAACAACAGGGUGGAAAUUCAACUAACAAAACUAAAAUCUCUAAGAAAAAAACACAAAAGGGAUAUAAACUUCCUGCUGCCGCGGAUUCAAAAGGGAAAGUGCAAUUGAAAACUGAGAAACCAAAGGCGUCUGUAAAGCUGUCAAACAAGACAAGGAAGUCAAAGUUAGAGAAGAAGAAAGGGUUUGUUCAGGAUGCUGAUAACAAGUUAGAGAAAGCUGCACUAGUUGAAGAAGCAAGCACAUGUACGUUACAGAAAGCUAGAAAAAACCCAGCCCCGAAGUUUUUCAGAAAGAAAGCAUAA